AAAAAAAAAAAAAGUGUCUGUUCAGUCUGCCGUCUUAGUCCAGAACGCCCCGAAUCGUUUUCGGAACCGCGGUGCCCCUUUCUGGUUGGACUCAGCAUUUCCACAAGACGAGUGGAUCUAGUUCUCAGCUCUGACCGUCUUGAUCAUGGACUUCAUUUGCAGACAGAGUUCUGAACGGCUUCUGACUGUUUCUAGGAAUGACAUACAUCUUCCUAUGGGGAGAUUUACCAUGUUUAAGAUUUUAUGAAAACAUGGCCGUAAAUGGUUGCCGAGGCCAGGAAGCAUUGGGUCCUCUGGGAAGGCUGUGAGAAGCAUUCAGGGAACGGGUUAGGCCGUUCCCGACUCAGCUGUCUUUAUGACUCUCGUUCCACUGUGUGGCCCUUCCUAGGUAAAUGAGCCUCGUUGCCACUGUGACUUGCACCCAGGUGGUCAGGGACAGGUGUAGUCUCGUAUGUCAAUUGACGGUGUCCCCUCCCCUAGUCUGAUAGCUCUCGGAGUAGGGGUGCCCUCAGGUGGGUGUGAACGCCCGGGUGCAAGACUAACCUAAGGAAGAAGUUGGUGCUGAGCUGGUGUCAUUUUUCCUUUUAGGCUCCUGUGACGUUUGAUGACAUCACAGUGUACUUGCUCCAGGAGGAAUGGAUGCUGCUGAGUCAGCAACAGAAGGAGAUCUGUGGUUCUGACAGGCUGCUGGCACCGCUGGGACCAACUCUCGCCAACCCAGAGCCGUUCUAUAAGUUUGAGCGAGGGCCAGAACCAUGGCUAGGCAGCAUCCAGGGCCGGAGGCAUCUCCUGGGCCACUACCCAGGAAAAAAGAUGGGCUACAUAGAGGAGAUGGGCGUGCACAGUCCAGCCAGAGAAGCUGGACCCUACCGGCCACCUCAGAAGAAAGCCUGCCUUCCCCACCUCAGGGCAGAGGGCAGCGCCACUGAGGAAGACUGCGCGGGAAAGAGCAGAAAGCCCCUGAAGCCCCGGUCCAUCCAGAAGUCGUGGUUUGCGCAGUUCCCGUGGCUGGUCAUGAGCGAGGAGCAGACAGCCCUGUUUUGCUACGCCUGCCGGGAAUUCCCGUCCGUCAGGGACAGACGGUCCAGACUGAUAGAAGGUUAUACAGGACCGUUCAAGGUGGAGACUCUCAAAUACCACGCCAAGAGCAAAGCUCACCUGUUCUGCGUCGAUGCCUUGGCAGCUCGGGACCCCGUCUGGGCAUCCCGUUUCCAGGGCAUCCGAGACGCCAGUCCAGAGCCCCUCUUCCCUGCUCAGUAUCCCAUCCUGUACCCCGCAGGGCCCCUGGGAGCCUAUCGCAGCGUGGCCCAGCUCCCGCCCAGCUCACGAGCUGACGUGGCGGGCCCUGGGCAGGACGGAGCAAUUCCUGCGUCGCAUCUGGACUGCAGUUCCAAUCUGAGGCGUAAAGAAAUCGCUGAUGACAUCCCCAACUCCUCAAACACUAGCGUUUUGUGUAAUGACUCUGCCGAACCCUGCAGCCGGGACCCUUCCGGAGAGGGGCUGUUUGCGGAGGUUCCGGUGGCCUUCGAGGACGUGGCGGUGUAUUUCACGCAGGACGAGUGGGGCUCGCUAGACAAGCGGCAGAAGGAGCUGUACAGAGACGUGAUGUGGAUGAACUACGAGCUGCUGGCGUCCCUGGGGCCUGCUGCUGCCAAACCCGACUUGAUCUCAAAACUGGAGCGUAGAGCUGCACCCUGGAUCAAGGACGCACAUGGGCCGAAGUGGGGGAAAGGGAAAAGGAAGACGGUGGCUGCCAGAGCAGCAGACGCGCGGGCCCGGGCUGGAGAAGCUGCAUCGCCUCCAGCUCCUACGGAGACGUGUUCCCCCUACAGCGGUCCCGGCCUUUGUGAAGUAGAAGCAGGUGGGCCCAGGAAAAUCAAGAGGACGUACAGGCCCCGCUCGAUUCAGAGGUCGUGGUUUGGGCAGUUCCCAUGGCUGGUCAUCGACCCAGAGGAGACCAAGCUCUUCUGCUCGGCUUGCAAAGAAAGACCGAGUCUCCAUGACAAAUCAUCACGGUUGGUCCGAGGUUACACGGGGCCUUUUAAAGUGGAGACUUUGAAAUACCACGAAGUCAGCAAAGCACACAAGCUCUGCGUCAACACUGUCGAAAUCAAGGAAGAUGCCCCUCAGGCCGCCCUGCUCCCAGACAUCUCCAGUGACCUGAUGGCGAACAUGGAGCACUUUUUCAACGCCGCCUACUCCAUCGCCUACCACUCGAGGCCCCUGAACGACUUUGAGAAGAUCCUGCAGCUCCUCCAAAGCACUGGGACCAUGAUUUUGGGCAAGUACCGAAACCGCACCGCGUGCACACAGUUCAUCAAAUACAUCUCCGAGACCCUGAAGAAGGAGAUCCUCGAGGACGUGCGGGACUCCCCGUGCGUGAGCCUGUUGCUGGACAGCUCCACAGACGCCUCCGACCAGGCCUGUGUGGGGAUUUACAUCCGCUACUUUAAGGGGCCAGAGGUGAAAGAGUCUUACAUCACGCUGGCCCCGCUCUACAGUGAGACGGUGGACGGGUACUUCGAGACCAUCGUCUCUGUCCUGGAUGAACUGGACAUCCCUUUCCGGAAGCCCGGUUGGGUGGUGGGCCUGGGCACUGAUGGCUCAACCAUGCUGAGCCGCAGGGGAGGCCUCGUGGAAAAGCUCCGGGAGCUCGUCCCGCAGCUGCUGCCCGUGCACUGCGUGGCCCACCGGCUGCCCCUGGCCGUGGUGGACGCGUGUGGCGGCAUCGACCUGGUGAAGAAGUGUGACCGGCACAUGCGAACCGUCUUCAAGUUUUAUCAGUCCUCGAACAAAAGGCUGAAUGAGCUGCAGGAGCGGGCGGCUCCCCUGGAGCAGGAGAUCACCCGCCUGAAGGACCUGAACACUGUCACGUGGGUGGCCAGCAAGAGACGCACGCUGAACGCGCUCGUCGUGAGCUGGCCCGCCCUGGCUCGGCACCUCCAGAGUGUGGCGGAAGCGGGGGGCCAGGUCGGGCACAGGGCCAAGGGCAUGCUGAAGCUGAUGAAGAGCUUCCACUUUGUCAAGUUCUGCCACUUCCUCUUGGACUUCCUGAGCGUCUACAGGCCUUUGUCUGAGGUAUGCCAGAAAGAGAUCGUGCUGAUCACGGAGGUGAACUCCACGCUGGGGCGGGCCUAUGUCGCCCUGGAGACCCUCCGUCACCAGGCAGGGCCCAAAGAGGAGGAGUUCAAUGCCGCCUUCAAGGACGGGCAGCUCCACGGCAUCUUCCUGGACAGAGUGGAGAUGGCAGAACAGAGGUUCCAGGCAGACAGGGAGAGGACGAUCCGGACGGGGAUCGAGUACCUCCGGCAGAGGUUCGAUGCGGACCGUCCCCCCCAGCUCAAGAACAUGGAGGUGUUCGACACCAUGGCCUGGCCAAGCGGGCUCGAACUGGCUGGUUUUGGGGAUGAUGAUAUUCUUGCCCUCGCCAGGUACUUUGAGCUCUCCCUCCCGCCAGGGUUCAGCGAGGAGGCACUGCUGGAGGAAUGGCUGGGCCUCAAAGCCGUCACCAGGAACCUGCCGUUCUCCAUGCUGUGUAAGACCGCCCUGGCCCAGCACCGCCGCUUCCCCGUGCUGAGCAGGCUGGUGGCAGUGGUGGCCUGCGUGCCCAUCUCCACCUCCUGCUGUGAGCGGGGAUUCAGUGCCAUGAACCGGAUCAGGACCGAUGAGAGGACCAAGCUCUCUAACGAGGUGAUCAACAUGCUCAUGAUGACAGCAGUGAACGGUGUGGCGGUCACAGAGUACGACCCCCAACCCGCCAUCCAGCACUGGUACCUGACCUCCUCGGGCCGGCGCUUCAGCCACGUCUGCACCUGCGCCCCAGGGCCUCCCCGCUCCCACGCAAGGGCAGAGCUCAGGAAGGAGGAGAUGGGAGCGCUCUGUGUGGAGGGGGCCGUGCCCCAGAAGCCGCCCAUUCCAUCCUCCGCGGAACCGGUGGAGAUCCUGAAGGACUGCAGCACGGACCCUCCGGACAGACUCCUGUACCCCCACACCAGCCAGGACACCCCCAAGCUGCCCUGAUAAGGCUCUGCAGGAGCAGGAACCCCAGGGGUUGCCUUGGAGACGCUGUGCUGCCCCCUGGUGGUCAUGCUGAUAGGCUCUGCAGAUCCUGGGCUACCCUAGAAUCUUCCUUUGGUGGGGACUUUCUAAGCCCCAGGAAGUGGGCAGUGACAAGGUAGUUGUGCCCACAUCCCAGAGAGGCGGGGCAGUCAGGAGGGCACUGCCUAUUUGCCACGGCCCCUGCCUAAGCAGAGCAGGGACCGCACAGCACUUAAAUAUGCAGAAAGGUUCUUAUCUCAAGUUCACUUUCAAGGUGCUUCAGGAAAUAAUCCCAUCAUGAAAGAUUUCACUGCAUGUUCUGGUGGCAAGGAGACUUUUCUGAAGUGGGAGAGACCGUUGCGGGUAGGGGCCUAAAGGAGCACCCCAGGCCCCCGGGAAAGGUGGAGAGUCUUCCAGGGACGCUGCCCACGGCCUCAGUGGCCUGGGGAAAGCACGGAGUGAGGGGCAGAGGAUGGCCAGGCUCCAGGGACAGCUGGCCUGGCUCUGGGAUCUGUCACCCUGGCUCCGUGGCAGAAGCAGGGAUACCCCAACUUCAGAGGGGAGACUGGCGUCAGAGGAUUUCUCUACCUUCUGCCAGGGCCUUCCUUUAGGAUGAGACACACAAAAGCCCUGCCCGGGGUGCAACGGCAAGGGCUGUCCGAUGCGCCCCCCAGUCACACCGCUUGUGUUCGCCCUGCGUUGUGCUCAGCCAGCUUCCUAAGGAGUGGACGGGACCAAGUUGCCCUCCGGAAGCUGGGACCUGGCCCCAGCUCUCACGCAGGCAGCGGUUCAACCACGAUUAAGCCUUCCUCUUCGCCAUGCCUCAGUUCCCUCUCGAGGCGGCAGCAGAGAGUCCAAGUGCCUGCUGGCUCCCAGCCUGCCCCAGAACUAGUACCUCCAUCUCCCUGAAACUCAGGCCUCAGCCCUUUGUCUUCAUCCCCUGCUACCCACGUCUCUAGUGGGAAGAGUUGUUCCCUAGACAUGCCAUGGGCGUGACAGUCUAGUCCACUCUUCCCAUAGUUGCUCUGGGGACAGCCUGGUGCUCCCUAGGGUGCUUGUGAAAUAUGCUCCACCCAGACCUGCUCACUCAGACCCCUGGGGCUGGGGCUCAGUGCCUGGCUGUUUCCAGCAAGAGCCCAGGAACUCCAUGGACCCGCUCAAGGCACAGAAGGGCGUCCCUCACCUUCCCGGCCCCAUCUCCCCUACACCUGAAGUGAAGCACUUUCCUUGGCGGUCAGCCUCCUUUCGGCAGGCCCCCGCUGCUUCUCUCCCACCUUCCUAACCCCGGCAGGGAACAGGGAGGUUGGAGGGAAGGGCUCCCUCGGCCCUGCCUUUUGCUGCCCAGCUGGGGUCCCUGCUCUGUGCUGCAUGUCCGGAUGGCCUGGCUCUCGGCCAGCAGGAUGUCCACUUCCCCUUCCCAGGAGGUGCCAAGAGCCCUGAGGUGCUGCCAUCUGAGCAUCGCGCUGUACAGCUGACCCCUGGUUCCCAGUGUUUCUGACUCUGCCUUCCUGUCGCCCUUAGCACAGCCUAAGCACCACCCCUGUUCAGUUUCCUUCAGCUUUGAGCCAGGAAUUCCGCUCUCACUUUCUACCUUUUCACUUGUGGGAACGUCUGUCUUCCAGCCCUGUGGGCUGGGGUCUGAGGUGUACCACGGGCCCUUGGAGCUAGAGCUCCGGCAGGGUUACUGCCACGUGGCCAGGAUGGAGCCCAGGCCUCCCUCAGCUAUUCACAUAAGUUUCUAUGUGGAGGUCAGGGAUUCGCCCUCUGCCGGAUGGAGUGGAAGACAGAAAGGCCCUUUAAAGUGGAGGCGUAGCCCUGCCCUAUCCGCAGGGAUUCCAGACUGAGGUGACUUUCCUGCAGGCACCCUCCCUGUGGUAUCUUCCAGCCUUUAAGACUCAGAGCAAGAGGCUAGUCCUGGGAGCAACAGUGUACAUGGGUCCCACACACGCGCUUCCCUGUGUGGGUCUAGGCACUGAACCAGGUACGUGCCCUGCCUCUGCAUACCUGCUCUGAGCAAGCCUCCAGUGCCAGCCCACGAGAAAGCUGGGCCCCUCGGAAACGCUGUUUAUUGUGGGGAUUUGCGUUACCCUUUUCUCCAAGGGCGCGGGUGUGCUCUGGCUAGUCUUUAUUAGCUCAAGACAGAGGACUACGUUUUCUUGUGCUGGAAUGCAGGGCUGAAGUGGGCUGAGCAUCCUCAAGGGAGACCUGUUGCCCAGGCUGGCCUCACUUUUGUUCCAAGGGACUUCGAGCUUCAGACCCCAGAGUCUGGUGAUCCGCUCAUUAGAGAGGCUUCCUGUUUUUGCCUCACAAGAAAAUAAACCGAAGGACAUUGGGAAUAGAAGGAGCGGUCACUCUGCCUUUGCCCAGAGCCCUGGCCAUGCCUGCGCCAUCCUUCCCCACCUGUCACCUUCAUGGCAUCUCCAUGUUCCCAUCCUGGCAUCCCCCCACCCGCCACACCCCGUGACCAACAUUCUGAAUAACCAGCAUUAUAACUGACACCAGGUGUCAGUAGCCAUAGGGGCCAGGUGGGAGGGACGGACCUCAGUCCCCCCACCUCCUAGCCAGACAUUAGAAAGCAUAACCUGCUCCAGACCUUCCGCUUCUCUCAGGCCCAGGCUGGGUUCCUCGGGUGCUAAGUAUUUAGCAGGACAGCGUGAAGAUUAGCCCAAUCCCCUCAUCCAGGUGGCUGACGGUCAAGGACACGGGGGUGGAGGAGUGACCCAGGGAUAUCUUCUUUGCCUCUGGUUUCAAAAAUGUGCAAAUGAGGUUUAUAAAACCACGAUUCUCAACAUUUUGCUAUAUGAAUAAAGCAGAGUUUAU